UAUCUAAUUGACAUCGACGCUUCGAAUAGAAAACUUGGCCAGCUGAUGGAUGGUUUGACCAUUAAAAAAGUUAUCACUGACUAUUUGAACACUUCCAAGAAUUCGUUAACGAAGAGUUUAUCGAUGAAGACAUAAAAUCUGUUUGUUAUUGCCUCGUUUGUCCAACCGAUCGACAAGAAUUUAUGAAAGAUUGCUUUAUCGAAGCAGGAAUUAUUGAAGAUUUUGAAGCUGAGCACAGACUUUCAUUUGUCAUCAAAGCUGUCGCUGUAGCCCAUUACCAGCUUUCCCUCGAUAGAAACGUGACCGAACUUCAAAACGAUCAAGAUUAUUUUGUUGCAGAUAUAGACGAUAUCUCUAUUGGAAUAGCAAAAAUUCAUGCAGCUUCCACCGAAUCCUUUAGUACUAUUACGAGAAUUUUUGACGAUACCACACAAGGCUUAUUAAACGUAGACAUCAAGUUUAAGGACUAUUUAAUAGAAAAUUUGACAGAGUUUAAUAUACAUAUUUGGCAUAUUGAUCAUCUCGUCCAGACUUUUUCCGAAAACAUCAAGUAUGGAUAUGAUACGGAUACCCAGACAGGGACUACAAUCUCACAAUUGAAUUUUAAUGGGAUUCCCAUUGAAUUCACGAAUGAAGAUUUAAACAAAAUUGUCUUAAAACCAUUUAUGGAAAGUAUAGAUGAAUUUGUAUCGAAAGCUGAUGAAAAUUAUGGGCAGUACAAACUGUUUCUCUCUGGAAAUUAUACUGUCAAUACAUACUUCGUUAGAUAUCUUAAAGCCACAGAAAAUAUAAAGUACCAUCAUUCUAUUGUUAAGAAUUCACUUGUAAAUGUUUCUUCGGGUGUGGUCUCUUCAAGAUUGAACAAUUACAAAUCUCAAACCCCCCUGUAUCUUAAUGAUGAGCACCUGUCCCUAUUUUUUGAUAUUAAAUGGUCCCUACCAGAAGCAGUGCUGGAGAAACUUAUCGAUGAUAACAAUGGAAAUGAUGCUUAUGACUUUAUUGUUGGAAUUGAUUUUGGCACCAGUUUUUCUGGGUGCUCUUAUGUCCGGCUCAAAGAUAAAAAUGGCAUCCCUGUGACUACAGAACAAAUUAAGGCCAUAAGAACAGGCUGGCCAAAUUAUAAUGAAAUUGCCCCAACCUUGUUAACGUACGAUAGAAUGAUGAGAUCAAAAUAUUGGGGUAAUGAAGCCAAAUAUGAGUCAAAAAAAUACAAAGAUUUUAGCAUAGAAAAUUUCAAAUUGUUUUUAUGUCCGCAAUAUUUGGAUUUGGAUGCGGUUGGAGUUAUUGCGGAUUAUCUCCGGUGUUUAAAUGAUCAUACACUUAACGAGUUAGACAGGGUAAGUGAUUUGACAAAAGUCCGGAAGAUGCGAUAUGUGAUUACUGUACCCGCCACGUGGAAUUUAUUGGCCCAAGAUACCAUGGUUCAAGCUGCAAUUGAAGCUGGGAUAAUUCUAAAAGAUGAGAUCGACCAGCUUCAUAUAAUCAGUGAACCCGAGGCAGCAGUACUGUGCUAUAAGAAGGAAUUGACCGAAUAUUUUGGAAAAGACAAAAGAAAGAAGGGAUUAACUCGAUAUUUUGGAAAAGACAAAAGAAAUAAGGAUCUGAACUUUAUUGUAUGUGAUGCUGGUGGAGGAAUUGUAGAAUUAACUACAUUUAAUUUACGACUGAACAAAGGAGAACACGAUGUACCUACCACAGAACCAAGGAUUUGUCAAAUUGGUGACAGUAUCAGUGAUAUUUGCGGUUCAGUCUGUCUCGACGUAAGAUUUAAAAAUUAUAUUUUUGAAUUUUACAAGUACUUUGGAAUAAAUAUAAACGAAGAAUAUGUACCUCUAGAAGAUGUUAUGCAGGAUUUUGUAAAAAAUCAUAAGCCUAAUUUUAGACCUGGUUUCCGAGGCAGCAGAUAUUACGACAUUAACUUGCCUGGAAAGGGGAUUGAAAACUUUACCAGCAAUAGUAUCUACAAAAUGUCUAAUGGGAAUAUGACGCUGAAAAUGAAAAACAAAGAUAUGAAAGAAAGAAUAUUCGACCCUGUUGUUAAUCGUAUUUUCGCCCUUAUCGAUGAUCAAUUAAAGCAGGCGGAAAAAGGAGGUAGAACUAUUGAAGCUAUUUUGAUGGUCGGCGGCUUUUCUCAGUCUAAAUACCUGCAAAAACGCAUCAAAAACCUUUAUAAAGGCGUGUGUGAUAUUAAAAUCCCUUGCGAUGGCGUCGAUCAAGCUAUUUCUCGUGGUGCAGUAUCCUAUGGCCUGAAUCCCGGUAUACUAUCAAGAAAUACUGCAAGACAAUCGUUUGGAUUAAAGGUACAGGCUGAAUUCGAUAAACGCUUGGCGGAUUCGAUAAAGAGGGAAAUGAAAGGCUCUGACGGAAACAGCGAUUUUGAAAAAGAAUGUUUAGAGUAUUUCGUAACAAAGGGUCAAGAAUUAGAAUGCAAGCGACAAACAAUGUUUAAAAAAGAUGUAUGUAUUACAUACCCUAACGCUGCAGUAAUAGCAAUCUUCGCUUGUGACUCCGAAGAAGAUGCUAAUAGUAGAUACCUUACUAAGAGUCAUGUUAAAAUAAUGGAAGCCAAAAUUAUUAUGCCAUAUAUAGUUGGAAUAGAUGGGAAAUUGAUUCACUUUAUAGUCAGUCUUCAAAUGGAGCACAUUGGAGUCAGUAUUACUAUAGAAUGUCAAGAUCAAAUAAUCACUGCAGAAGUUCAAAGGAUCGCCAAAAAUCAAUGGUUCUCCCUUAAAAUUGAGUCUAGGUAUACCAUUAAUGCUAUGAUACUCAAACGGCCUUCUGUUGAUAUUCGAAAGAAGACCGACUACCUGUUUGAGAACCUUAUAGCAAAAUAGGUAUUGUGGGAUAGAUCAACAGCCCGAUAAACCUGAAUUUAUAUGGGCAGGACAUUUUUAAUAUAUUAGUGCCCACAUUAAAAAAUUUAUAUAUACCUUUUAUUUAUGACUACACAUGAGAUACACUUCGACAUAAUCUUUACAUCAAGUAGUAAAACCUAACUGGGUAGCUUUAUUUUUUUAAGAGACAGAAAGUUAAGUGUUGAUUAAAUAAGAAAUAAAUAUGAAACUACAAGUGUUUCUCUUAGUUGUUAGUUAAAAAAAUAAUC